UAGAGCUCGCCGGGAAGAUCCCUGGCGACGCCUCCAGAGCCCCGGGGCCUGGGCGGCCGCGCUCGGCCCCAGCUGAGCCGCCUGCUGGCCCCGCGCCUAUCCCAUCGCCUCGGGCGGGGCCGGGGCCCGCCGACUGGGUGGCAGGAAGCAGAGUUGCAGAGUCCAAAGACCGCUGUUGUUCUUCCUCCAUCUUGCUUGAUGGGAGGCAUUAUGGCCCCCAAAGAUAUAAUGACAAAUACUCAUGCUAAAUCCAUCCUCAACUCAAUGAACUCCCUCAGAAAGAGCAAUACUCUCUGUGAUGUGACGCUGAGAGUAGAGCAGAAAGACUUCCCUGCACAUCGGAUUGUGCUGGCUGCCUGCAGUGACUAUUUCUGUGCCAUGUUCACUAGUGAGCUUUCAGAGAAGGGGAAACCUUAUGUUGAUAUCCAAGGUUUAACUGCCUCUACCAUGGAAAUCCUGUUGGACUUUGUAUACACAGAAACAGUACAUGUGACGGUGGAGAAUGUACAAGAACUGCUCCCUGCAGCCUGUCUGCUUCAGCUGAAAGGGGUGAAGCAAGCCUGCUGUGAGUUCUUAGAAAGUCAGCUGGACCCUUCUAAUUGCCUGGGUAUCAGGGAUUUUGCUGAAACUCACAACUGUGUUGACUUGAUGCAAGCGGCUGAGGUUUUUAGCCAGAAGCAUUUUCCUGAAGUGGUACAGCAUGAAGAAUUCAUUCUUCUAAGUCAAGGAGAGGUGGAGAAGCUAAUCAAGUGUGAUGAAAUUCAGGUGGAUUCUGAAGAGCCAGUCUUUGAGGCUGUCAUCAACUGGGUAAAGCAUGCCAAGAAGGAACGUGAAGAGUCCUUGCCUGACUUGCUACAGUAUGUGCGGAUGCCCCUGCUGACCCCCAGGUACAUUACAGAUGUGAUAGAUGCUGAGCCCUUCAUCCGCUGUAGUUUACAGUGCAGGGAUCUAGUUGAUGAAGCAAAGAAGUUUCAUCUGAGGCCUGAACUUCGGAGUCAGAUGCAGGGCCCACGGACAAGGGCUCGUCUAGGCGCCAAUGAAGUUCUUCUAGUGGUUGGGGGCUUUGGAAGCCAGCAGUCUCCCAUUGACGUGGUUGAGAAAUAUGACCCCAAGACUCAGGAGUGGAGCUUUUUGCCAAGCAUCACUCGUAAGAGACGUUAUGUGGCCUCAGUGUCCCUACAUGACCGGAUCUAUGUAAUUGGUGGUUAUGAUGGCCGUUCCCGCCUCAGUUCAGUGGAAUGCCUGGACUACACAGCAGAUGAGGACGGGGUCUGGUAUUCUGUGGCCCCGAUGAAUGUCCGGCGCGGCCUUGCUGGGGCUACCACCCUGGGAGGAGGAUAUGAUGGCUUGAAUAUCCUAAAUUCAGUUGAGAAAUAUGAUCCACACACAGGACACUGGACUAAUGUUACACCAAUGGCCACCAAGCGGUCUGGUGCCGGAGUAGCCCUACUGAAUGAUCAUAUUUAUGUAGUGGGGGGAUUUGAUGGUACAGCCCACCUUUCUUCUGUUGAGGCGUACAACAUUCGUACUGACUCCUGGACAACUAUUACUAGUAUGACCACUCCACGGUGCUAUGUCGGAGCUACAGUGCUUCGGGGGAGACUCUAUGCAAUUGCAGGAUAUGAUGGCAAUUCCUUGUUGAGUAGCAUUGAGUGCUAUGACCCUAUCAUUGACAGCUGGGAAGUGGUGACAUCCAUGGGAACCCAGCGCUGUGAUGCUGGUGUGUGUGUUCUCCGAGAGAAGUGACCACUGUUGGAGCACCAUACAGAGCUAUUGACCAGUUCAAGGGACAAUUUGUGGGAGAAUUAAGGAUCCUUUCCAGAAUGUCUUAUUUCACACUCUGUGCACAGGGUGAUUAUAGGCACCAGUGCAGUGGUGAUUGUACUUAUGUGACACAUAUCCUUCUCACACUGGUUAAGUCCCUCAGAAGGGUGGGUAACAGAAGAGAAUGCACAUUGAAUGGAUGUUAAGAGAACUGGAUCCUUCUCCAUCUGGUCUGGAGAGUACUCUUGUUGUUUCUAACUUUCUACAUUCUUGGAGAAUACGUUAUGUUGUGCCUCACAUAUUUCAGAGCAUGACAUGUGGACAGUGUCCAGCCUGGAGAAUUGGAAGGAUACCGGCUCAAGUAAGGUUGGUAAAAUCCAAGUAUUUAUUUCCAAGAACAAAAAUCUUUUCUCAAAUACAAGGAGCUAGGGGCACUACAGUUUCAUUGUGAAGGAAGAGGACA